AUGAGUGUAAAAGGCUGCUUCAACCACAGUCUCACACCUAUCACCUCCAUCAGGGGCUUCAGUGGUACAUCCUGCAUCCUGUUCGCAGACAUCGAGGGUUUCACCAGCCUGGCGUCGCAGUGCACGGCGCAGGAGCUCGUGAUGACGCUCAACGAACUGUUUGCCCGAUUUGACAAACUGGCAGCGGAGAACCACUGUCUGCGGAUAAAGAUCCUGGGCGAUUGUUAUUACUGCGUCUCCGGGCUCCCAGAGGCGCGAGCCGACCACGCCAGCUGCUGCGUGGAGAUGGGGAUGGACAUGAUCGAGGCCAUCUCGCUGGUACGUGAGGUCACCGGGGUGAACGUGAACAUGCGAGUGGGCAUCCACAGCGGCAGGGUGCAUUGUGGGGUGCUGGGACUCAGGAAGUGGCAGUUUGACGUCUGGUCCAAUGACGUCACGUUAGCCAAUCACAUGGAGGCCGGGGGCCAAGCUGGACGAAUCCAUAUCACCAAGUCCACUUUGAAUUAUCUGAAUGGAGACUACGAUGUGGAGGAAGGAUCAGGGGGAGACAGGAACGCCUACCUGAAGAAGAACAACAUAGAAACCUUCCUCAUUGUGGGCUGCAGUCAGAAAAGG